GGGUCAUUCGGAUUUUUUUUGGUGGAAGCAUCCAGUUCAGGUGUUCGCGUACGUGAGCCUGUGUGAGAGGUGAUGGCCCAUGAUUAUGGAAGGACAGGGAAAUCUUUCAAGAAAGAAAAGAAAUGAAGAAGGGUAUUGCUUUUCCCACCAGCAUUUCAGUAAAUAACUGUGUAUGUCACUUCUCCCCUUUGAAGAGCGACCAGGACUAUAUUCUCAAGGAAGGUGACUUGGUAAAAAUUGACCUUGGGGUCCACGUGGAUGGCUUCAUCGCUAAUGUGGCUCACACUUUUGUGGUUGGUGUAGCUCAGGGGACCCAAGUAACAGGGCGGAAAGCAGAUGUCAUUAAGGCAGCUCACCUUUGUGCUGAAGCUGCCCUACGCCUGGUCAAACCUGGAAACCAGAACACACAAGUGACAGAAGCUUGGAACAAAGUUGCUCACUCAUUUAAUUGCACGCCAAUAGAAGGUAUGCUGUCACAUCAGUUGAAGCAGCAUGUCAUCGAUGGAGAGAAAACCAUUAUCCAGAAUCCCACAGACCAGCAGAAGAAGGACCAUGAAAUAGCUGAAUUUGAGGUACAUGAAGUAUAUGCUGUAGAUGUUCUCGUCAGCUCAGGAGAAGGCAAGGCCAAGGAUGCAGGACAGAGAACCACCAUUUAUAAACGAGACCCCUCUAAACAGUAUGGCCUGAAAAUGAAAACUUCACGUGCCUUCUUCAGUGAGGUGGAAAGGCGUUUUGAUGCCAUGCCAUUUACUUUAAGAGCAUUUGAAGAUGAGAAGAAGGCUCGGAUGGGUGUGGUGGAGUGUGCCAAACAUGAACUGCUGCAACCAUUUAAUGUUCUCUAUGAGAAGGAGGGUGAAUUUGUUGCCCAGUUUAAAUUUACAGUUCUGCUCAUGCCCAAUGGCCCUAUGAGGAUAACCAGUGGUCCCUUUGAGCCUGAGCUCUACAAGUCUGAGAUGGAGGUCCAGGAUGCAGAGUUGAAGGCCCUCCUCCAGAGUUCUGCAAGUCGAAAAACCCAGAAAAAGAAAAAAAAGAAGGCCUCCAAGACUGCAGAGAAUGCCACCAGUGGGGAAACAUUAGAAGAAAAUGAAGCUGGGGACUGAGGUGGGUCCCAUCUCCCCAGCUUGCUGCUCCUGCCUCAUCCCCUUACCACCACACCCCAGGCUCUGUGAAGUGCAGUUCGUGUUCUACACCCAGGAUCGCCAGCAGAGUGGGGUCUCCCUGCCCCCAUCCCAGUUCCCCAACCCACUCCCUUCCAACAACAACCAGCUCCAACUGACUCUGGUCUUGGGAGGCAAGGCUUCCCAGCCACCGAAGACUACUUUAAACAGAAAAAAAAUUGAAUAAUAAAAUCAGGAGUCAAAAUCCAUCGUCUUCAGGCCCCUCUUUCUAGCCUUUUCUACUACUAUCUGCUUGGUCAAGGUUUGUGGCCCUACUACAGAACAGGGAGAAGGCUAAAUUAGCCACCACUGCUAAACACUCAGCUGAUUUUUUUUUUUUUUUGUAAUGCCAAUCUGAUGUCAGCAUUUUCCCAUCUGUUUGGGCCUUUUUCCUCUCUUCCCACUCUCCCCAAGUAUUUUAUCUGGCCUCAAAAUUAAGAGGAGCUGUUCUUCAGAUUGUUUUUUUUUUUUCACGUGUGGCAGAUUUCUCUUCUGAUUCAGGCUGUUUAGUCAGGCCCCUCCCAUUUUUAGGAGCUGGAGCCUCCAUUUAUGAGGAGAUUCUCAUCUAUCAAAUGGAUCCUUAUUUGUAAAUCUUUUUCUUCCAUUUUCACAAAGCUGUAAAGAAGUAAUCCAUCUCAACCUUGUCCUUUUCUGUGGGGUCAGUGGGGGGUGUUCCCUCACUCCAUCUUAUACAAACCUGAGCUGGAAGCUCAACUGGUUUUCCCUGUUUGCAAUAUCGUGACCUCCCUCCCUUGAAACAAAAACCAGGAACCAUAGGAGUAGACUGACUGAAGAAACAACUCCUGGCUUUCUGAAGCUACGGACUUGAAUUGGAUUGCUGGGGGUUUGUAGAGAAAGGUGACAAGUUUCAGUACCUCUGGCAUGCUGUCCCAGGGAACUGGGGCUCCCACUAACUUAAGAGGUUUUUGAAAAUGACAUGGCAUUACAAUAAAUUUGGAUUUGCUCAUAA